CUAGCUAACAAUGCAGCACAAUAACCAAGGCAGCCGGCUAUCUAAGAGCUUCCAUGAAGUGAGAGCAAAGGAGGUGGCAGAGAAUAGUUGGGGUGACAUGCUGUGGACCUUCUACAUAUCCAGCUCCCGGGUAUGAGAUCACAAAUGAGAGAAUGACGUCAGAGGUUGAGGAAGAAAUCCGGCUUCUUAGUGGAGGGGUGUCUGAGCCACUGGUCAUUCAGGAGCUUCUGGAGAGAUUGCGGGAACUUGAGGCUGAAAACUCCACUCUUGCCCAAGCCAAUGAAACCCAGCGGGAAACAUAUGAGCGUUGCCUCGAUGAGGUUGCAAACCACGUUGUUCAAGCACUUUUAAAUCAGAAGGAUCUCCGGGAAGAAUGUAUUAAGUUGAAAAAAAGGGUGUUUGACCUUGAGCGUCAGAACAGAGCAUUAAAUGACCUUUUUCAUCAGAGGCUGCAGCGCUCCUCCGGUUCAUCCCCUGAGCUCCAUCCACUGCAGGCUCUGUCUGACCCUCAAGGUGGUGAUCUAGAAAGGGUUUCAGUUUCCCUUCCACUGGGACAAUGUGCUGUACAGAGAGAGGAAAAACAUCGCUCUGGGCGAGCCCAGACAUCGUGUCGGCCUCUGGAUGCAAUGUCCCCAUUCCUCAGGAAAAAGGCUCAAAUCUUGGAAGUCCUACGGAGGCUAGAGGCCACAGGAUCUCAGUCUGGAUCAACCUGCACUGCUCCACCAAUGUUCCUUGGGGGGUUUCCAUCAACUAGUGGGAAUGGCUUACGCGUUAGACCAGAGCAAAACUUGGACUAUGUGAAUGGUGAGGGCCUGACUCCUCCAGAACAUGGUGGAGAUGAACCUUGGGCCUCCUGCCUACUUCUGGCCCAGAAUGGCUGGGAGGAGUUGCUCAAGUGGAAGCCAAUACAGCGGGAGCCACCAGCAGGUAGCCCUGGGGAGGGAGGAGGAGAACACCUUGGUUUUGGAGCAGGAGAGGACACACAGCAGACAGCACGGCAGGCUGAGGGUAGUUCUUCAUCUUCAGAUGAGGAUAUUGGGGAACCACCUCCUCCACCAAGUGAAAUUAGGCAGCAUUUGCCAUUAACAGACUUAACAAAGGGCUUGGCACCUUGUAUGUGCUCCCGUGGAGCAGGUGAUAAAAGGGGCCCUGUUGAGGGCCACUCUGAUGGAACUGGUUUCAAUAGGGGACACAUUGGGCAUCUUCAUUCAUUAACAUGUUAUAGUAGAAAUCUUCAUAAUAUGGUAGAAAUUCAGAAUAUUUCAGUGACCACACCAGCAGUUACAGAGAGAGCAGACUCUGUGUCUUGUUCUCCAGGGAAACAAUUGGUUUUAGAAAGUGGCUCUGAUGCCCCUGCUUCUCCUUGUCCUCCUUCUCCUGAUGGCCCUGCCAGCCUACCAAGAGAUACAAGUGGGUUAACCCCCAAGAGUGUAGCCCAUGAGCUACAAGAUGAUUAUUCUCACUCUUCAUUAGUGGUUUCUAAUCUCUCCUGUCCUGACCCGCAUGAUGCACUUAUUCCUUUGUCUGAGCCACGGACACCUCAAAUUCCAUCUCCAGCAAAAUUUCUCAAGUUUUUGAAGAUGCCAAGCUCAGGAGAUAAGUUACAGAGUCCAAACUCUCUGAGGCUCAGCCCUCAACUCACUCAAACCUCCAAAAUUCCUUGUCGGAGCAAUAAUUAUGAAGUAUUUCCCUCUCCACGUCUCGGUAGAAAAGCAGCGGAGGAGUUACCUGGACCAGAAGCAGACACUGCUCCACCUUCUCCUUCUGACUUAAUACAUUCUGACACUAAUAGGCAAGGACAAAGUGAAAGGUCUAACAACUUAAUAAUAAGACCUGGAGUUCCGUGUUGUACCAAAAAGUCACAUGACUAUGAAAAUAUUCCUGCUAAAAAUUCAGAGCUUCCCACCAGCAGUCAAACUGUUGAUGAUUUGGAGGAUUCUCCCAAACAGGUUGGGGCAGUGUGCUCAUCUAGUUGUUCCCCUGCAAUUUAUGUUCAUUCCCAAAUAAAUUGUUCUGCGGACCAUCACAGUCAGAUGAGUACACCUUUCAUUAGAAAGCAUGUAACUUCCAGAAAACCUCCAGAGUCUACUGGACAUAUCCCAUUUAAAGAAAGAAUAGGAAAGCUAAGGGGCACAGAUAACCAACAAACUGAGAUCACAGCUGCAGGGACAGAAAAUAUUAGAGUGACAACUGAUGGCCCUGACCUUCGCCCAUCUAUGAAAAGAUCCCUGGGUGUGAGUAGUUUAAGGACUCCUGAGCCUGGGUCCACUGAGAGUUACCCUCCAAGGUACCAUGGCCAAAAAUCGGACUCUGCUAGGACACGGCAGCCUACCUCAAACUGUCCACCAGGCUCUCCUCAUGGUCCACGUAAUCCACCACGAGCACCAACUGUCCCUAGCAAAUCUCCCCGUAGCCCUCAUAGCAGCCCAACAAAACUACCUGCUAAGUCUCCAAGUAAGGCAACUGCAAAACCUCUUGUAUCACGACCACUAAGUGAAGAGCUGAGACCAAGUCCUCGUCAACCCAUACUAUCUGAGGACAAACAGAGGUUGCAAUCUGCUGGCACAGGAAAGAAAAAUGGCACAUGCCAAGAGUAUGCCUGUCCUCGCAGUGCAGGCCCACCAGGUACAGAAAGUCUUCCACUAAGUGUCCUGCACUCUGCCAUUGAAGAAAAAGUGAUGAAGGGCAUUAAAGAGAACAUGUUAAGGUUGCAGGAACAACAUCGUACACCAGCCCCUGAUCCAAAGCAACGCAAUUCCAGUGGUAUUGCAAGCUGGUUUGGCUUAAAGAAAAGUAAGCUCCCUGCUCUUAGCCGUAGGCCUGAGACUGGACGUGUGAAAGAGGAAAAGAGGGAGAGAGCUGCAAGUGGCUCCCCUCGGACUAGGGACGGGAAAGGAGAGAGCCUGAAUAUUUCCAUGUUGAUGGAAAAAGCGGAGGAUCUGCGGAAAGCUCUUCAAGAGGAAAGGGCCUACAUUAAUGGUCUCGCUCAUGACAAGAAUCGCACAGCUGUGUCUGUAGAUCAGACACAGACUACAAGACCCCUGACUGCUGACAACUUUAUGCAACAGCUCUUGAAUCGGGUGGAUGGCAAGGAUCCUCCUUUAGAAGGGCGUCUAGAAGGGAAGGCACCACCUCUACGGGACUUUCCUAGGUUAUCCCCGGAGAACAAGGAGGCUCGUCCAUUUCGCCCCCCGAGGAAUGGGAUAGUCACACAUGUACAGCGCUUUGAGCAGAAGAGUAUGGACCAGAACAGAGAAGUGGUUCUCCCUUCUGAUGAACGAAUUUCUGAAUCUAUUGCUACCCAGCACUUUGCAGCUUGUGACUCGCUCACUCGAACUCUGGACAGUGGCAUUGGAACAUUUCCACCACCAGAUUACUGUGGAGGGACUCCAAACAAAAGCACCCCAAAGUUAAAACCUAAGCUGGACUCCCCAUCCGUCCUUCCAGUAGGAAGGUUUUCUGCUUUUCCCAAGGUACCCAGAAGAGCAAGGACUUUGGAGAGGGACAUGAGAGGUGUGGAAGAGAUGUUGCAAUCUGGACAGCACCAGAGCGUUCCAGCAUUUCAUGCAUUAUUGGAACCAGAGCCUACUAUAGGUCAUCGGGUGUAUAGAGAAGAUUCCAAUAGGGAUCGCAAUCUGCCCCAACAAGGCAAAAACUGGACCUUUCCUAAUGCCAAGGUCAGCACUGGCUCUGCAGAGAACUUCAGGUCCAGAGCACAUGAGCUGGUAGAGAUCCCUUCAGAAGGUGACAGGGACUGUGACAUGUCUGGUUAUCCACAUCCUUCCCUCUGUUUCCCGGGCAGCGUGAGCAGCCGUACCCCGAGCACCUCUGAAGUUGGAGAUGAGGGUACAAGUGAAGCCAAAUCUCGAGAAAAUGAGCAGGGCCAGACUGGACUGGAGAACUCUGAAUCCUUGAGUGACUCAUUAUAUGACAGCCUAUCAUCCUGUGGUAGCCAAGGCUAAUAGAACAUUCCUACAUCCCCUUAAUGUUUCAUGCUACCGGACACCCUUACCAACUCUGCAGAAGUAGAUGGACAGUGCCGGUUGCUUGUGGGUGCUAUUCUAUGUGGAGUCCUUGUCCUUUACAUGACCUUGUUGGUUGCUCCUCUAGAAUGACCUUAACUUCUCCACUUGAGCCUCAAAAAUCCCAAGUAUUAGCAACAUACUAGUCUUUGAUGCCUAUGACUGUACAGGUAAAGGUCAUCAAAUACUGCAGAACUGUUGCCUCAUUCUCUGCCUCAUUCUCUCCCUGGCUGUGGAGGGUCCUAAACUUGCUCUUCCUCAAAGUUGCUACUCUUCUUUGUAGAUUGCAAUUGUUCUUAUAUUUUGUUUUAUUUGUCUUCUGUGGGCUGCCCCUUUACUAUGCAUCUAUACCACCAGCGAUUUAAUGUCCUUCACAGCAGGAAGACUGGUGAGGGGGAACUCACAGGUUACGAAAAUACCUCACAUCCCUGUCUCACUGAUCAAUAUUCUAGCAAUGUGUUUAAUGCACUGAUCCAGAAGCAGAAUACCAACUCUUAUAUCUUUUCCUUUUUAUCAGGGAUAAAGUUGUUGUUGUUUUUUUUUUUUUUUGGGGGGUUGGGGGGGGGGGAGUCCAUUUAUUUCACCUGCAUAUCUGGAAGUCUUUGUAAUAAAGGAGUAUUGACUAGUUUGACUAGAUGUGACCUUUCCAUCAGUGGCCCCUUGAUGUAUUUUUUUUCCUUUUGAUUUUAUUUUGGUUUAUACUUGUGCUGUUUUAUAUAAAUAUAUAUAUUUUUAUUUGUAAAAUGUUUAGUUUUACUAUCUGUUUUCAUGCGUUGUGGUGUUUUUGUUUUUAUUUCAUUGCUCUUAAGAUGGUGCUAACCAGGAAAAAUAAUCUUUGUUGGGUUUCUCCCUCUAUUCCUUUUUUUAUUAUGUUUUUGUUUUUGUAUUAUUGUUUUAUACCGGUCUCUCAUUUUUCUCUUAUUUAUAUAAGUUAUUGUGACUGUUUUUUCUGCCUCACUUUCUUUUAAGCUAAAAA